AUGGAGAGAGACAUAACAAAGGCCACCACGCUUAUCGCCUCUUAUCUUCUUUCUACCUAUGCAUUGACACAUCGAUCACCUAGGUUUCUAUCUUCUAGUGUUCUUCUAAAGGUAGAAAGUAUCAGCUGCAUCAGAAGACAUGAGAAAGGCUCGAUCUGUCUGCCGGAGUGCCUUAGAAAUCUUAGAAACAGAAUUAAAGGUUCAACAGAUCAAGAACCACAAAGUCCAGUUGCAGAGGAUCAAGUGGUCAAGAAGAUGAAUCAUAUGGUAACUUCAUUGGCAAACACCUUUAAAUCUCCACUAGUUGACACCAUUCAAUCUAUUCUUCAACACCAGCAAAUCGUAGUCUGCUCUGCUGCAAAGGCCUUUAGAGAAAGCAAAAAGGACAUAAGCAUUGCACUAUUGCCGAGAAUAAUAUUUAUUGAAUGAACAAUGGACACAAACACAUAUAACUAAAGACAUUGUACAUAAUAUUUUCGUCUCUGUUUUGACAGUUUGAUGCAAUUAAAUAAGUUAUACUUGGAAAUAUGUAAAUCUUCGAUGAUCACUCCAGCUGGAAUUGUAGAGUUCAGUAACAUUGUACGGUGCUAAACGACCAGAGGGGAUUCUAAAGCUCGGGAGGAUAAGCUAAAGAGAGUGAGCCUAAGAGUAGGCGAUUGAGUUACAUCAAUUUUUUUUUAAUUGUUUUGGUGGUGAUGGACAGAGAUAAAAGAGUGAGAGCAAGAGAAAUAAGUUCCCAUUGCAAGUAAAUUAUAUUUGACAUCACAUCCGUCA